AUCCGUCAGGCAGGCAUAUAUGUUCCCUCUCCCCUUCCACCGAGCCAGAUAUUGAACGUUGCGUUUGCGACACGUUUUCCCAUGUUGAACGGCACUGAGACCAAAGGAUGGACAUCGUCCCCGGACACGCGCGGCACCAGCGAUAUCCUCGUGACGUGCCUUGUCACGACCUUCCUAUGUUGUUGGACAGCCGUCUACCCCAACAUCCCUGGCCCAAAGGAGGGUUUCUGGGCGAUAUUUCGGGACAAGGUUGGCCUGGCCAGUCUUGGCAUCCUCGGUCCGGACUUUCUGAUCGUCCUCGCCGCCGGCCAGAGGUCUUCGGCGCGGCGGUCAUUUCGGAAAUUCAAAGAGCAUGGCCAUAAUGACUGGACCAUCACGCACUCGUUUUUUGCCGACAUGGGCGGCUUUGUCCUUGAGGCGCCCGGGCACCAACAACCAAUCCCCCUCGACGCCGAGCAGCUGUUCUACCUGAUCAAGCACAACUACGUCGAGUAUCCCAGCGUCACAAAGAGAGAAUUGGAUGACAGGGACAAGUCGGACGGUUUAUCGAGAUUGAUUGCUGUGUGCCAGGCAACCUGGUUCAUAGUUAGCUUGAUAGCGCGGGACAUCCAGGGUCUCGCUAUAACGACAAUCGAGCUUACGACUCUCUCUUUUGUCGUCAUUCUCUUCGGCACUUCGUGGUGUUGGAAAGAUAAGCCAUCCUGCGUUGAGACGACCAUUGUUCUCAAGGCAACCGUUCACAUCGACGAAAUCAUUGAAAGCGGCGGUCCCGAGGCAGCAGGUCCGUACUAUCAUACGCCCCUCGAUUUCAUCAGCCGGCAUGACACAGCGUUGAACGUCGUCUGGCAAUACUACAACGAGCUGCUUCGAAAGAUCGCUUUCUCGCCUUUCACCAGACGUGUCCACUCAAGGCCGUGGAACCGUGUCCCCGGCGACAUGUUUCAGUGGAUGGACCUCGACCUGGCCCUCGUCGCCGGGGCCUUCAUCGUCGCGUUCGCCUCGGUAUUCUUCAUCGCCUGGAACUCGGAGUUUCCCACCCGCUUCGAGCAGCUGGCCUGGCGUGCGGCUAGCAUAUAUAUGAUGACGUACGGCGUGGUUGGCUGCCUCUGGAUGGGAGUUUGGGACUGGAUCGUCCUUCCACAAAAACGACUUGCCGAGGGUCAUGAGAUGAGCCUUCUCGAGCGAGCCCGUCUUCCCUGUCCCGGUCAGUUUCUCGGGGGAAUGUUCCUACUUCGCAACAAAGCGUUGUACCGGGAACCUACUUUCCAGCACAUCGAAGACGAGAGCACCCAGCAACACUCUCUCCCGCAUCAGCCCACCAUUUUGCCCAGCUUUGUCAAUAGGGCCCGUCGCUUCUUGUCCGAAACACACAACAUCUCCCCGGACAAGGAUCCGCACCUGAAUACCCCAAUUGGCUUCCUACUCGGGACGACAGUUCUAUGCGUAUUUUAUGUCGUUUUCAGAAUGUACAUCCUGGUCGAGGACUUUGUCGGGCUGAGGUCUCUGCCAUCAAACGCCUACGACACGGUAGACUGGCUGUCAUUUAUACCGCACAUCUAG